UGGAUAGACCCAUGGGCCCCCGCCAGCCGCCCCCAGACAAGCGCCAUGCCGCCUACGAGUCCAUCUUUGGUCGCCCAACGGCAACGCAUCAGCAGCAGCAACCAUUCCCACCCAACAACUAUCCCCAGUACCUACCGCCAGGCCCAUCCUACCAAUAUCCUCAGCAAUUUCAUGCAAAUUCAGAGAGGCGUACCUCCUAUGGCACCAUUCCCAACCCAGGUUACGCCCCAAACCCCUACCCCACACCGCCGUCGCAGGGCCCACCGUCGAAUAUGCGUCAAUCAUACUACCCACCGCCCCAGCCCUCCUAUAACCCCCACACGUCCUACCCGCCCUACGUACCGCCUUAUCAAGGCUACUCGGGUACGCUCACCCCUCCCCAAAAUCCAGCAUUGGGUCGUGCCAGAUCCAUCAACAGCAACAACAGCUCAGAUUACUACGGAGGCCAACCCAUCAACGACCAACAACCGAAUGGCGGGUACGAUGCUCCACGUUAUCCAGGACUUACACCUGCCCAGGCAUAUCAAGCCCAGGUCUAUGGCGGCAGUAGCCCCCAUUCACAGCCAGCCGGUCCGCGAGAUUAUCCACCCAGAGUUUCCCCAGCUCCUUCAGAUCGCCCUCCCAAGCACAACGGAGCUCCGAACCAAUUGCAGGAACCUCCCAGACUCGGGAUAAGUCUCGAGCACGAUGAUGGCCGAUUGGGAAUCGAUUUCGUGAGCAACAGCACCUCCAGCGAUCUCGGGACGGAUGAGAGUAGCAGCGAGCUUCCAUGGGCCCAGUCGGAGCCAUCUAGUCCAAAUCCUCCGAAAACGCCAUCUCGCCAGCAUCUUCGACAACCGUCCAGCUCACAGUCGAGCGCCUUCCCACCUCUGCAUGUGGACACUACGCGCUCCGCGCUCACAAGCUCUCCUCCUUCAUCGGCCGCAGAUCACUCAUCUAUCUCCGCAACGUUGGUCGACAACACCCACAACCCAGCCCGACGCUCAUCUGACUCGGCACGAACAAUGCCGAAGUUUCCUCCCAAUAACCCCACCACCCGCCAACGUACCUCUCAGGACCGAUCCAUGUCCAUGUCCGCUGCCACAAACUCAAUGCGACCCAUGGUUGACCCAAAACGAGCUUCAAGACCAAAUGCCUCUUCCUUGCUCGAGGGCAGAGUCUCGCCAACGUCAAUCCGAACUCCUGUACGCAAGACCCCCAUCGUAUAUCCCGCUCUCCUUUCUCGUGUGGCGCAGGCGUUCCGCGAGCGGAUACCCAUCACUGACCGUGUCAAGGACGGGCUGACGUACAAGGACGCCUUCGACGGACGGGAGGCGGUCGAUAAGAUCGCCUACAUCAUCAAGACGACCGAUCGGAACCUGGCCUUGCUGCUCGGUCGUGCACUUGAUGCACAGAAAUAUUUCCAUGAUGUCACGUAUGACCACCGAUUACGGGACAGCGCAAACGAGUUGUAUCAAUUCCGGACGAAAUUGCCUAGUCCAUUUGUUAGUGGAGAACUAGGGGAGCAUGCGACAACCAGCAAUACGUUGUUAAAUGGGAACCACCUGAACCUUCGGGGUGAUAACGGUUCGCCAUCGCCGUCUCCCGCAUUCCCUCCAUCACGGCCUCGGAGUGCCUCCGUUGUGUCUGAUGAAGUGCCUCUACCCUCUGGAGUGUUCACACUCCUAACCGACUGCUAUUCACCGACAUGCUCGCGAGAUCAACUGUGUUACAGCAUAGCAUGUCCAAGAAGGUUAGAGCAGCAGGCACGCCUGAACAUGAAACCCCAGCCUGGGCUGUCGAAGCAGAUCAGCAAAGACAGUCUGAAUGACCUUCCCGAUGACGGCACGCUCUGGAUCCACUCCGUCCCGCAGGAAAUCGUCAACAGCGUAUCUGACCAGGAGAAGAAGCGGCAGGAGGCGAUAAACGAGGUCAUUUACACGGAGCGGGACUUUGUCAGGGACAUGGAGUACCUCCGGGACGUCUGGAUCAACAGGCUCAAGGACGAGGACAUCAUUCCUCCCGCGAGGCGGACAGACUUCCUAGCCCAGGUGUUCUGGAACAUACACGACAUCAUCGCGGUGAACACGCGCCUGAGGGACGCUCUGAACAAGAGGCAGAAGUCGUAUGCGGUGGUAGAUCGGAUCGGGGAUAUUCUGUUGGAGGUCGUGCCCCACUUUGGACCCUUCGUGUCAUAUGGCGCACAUCAGCUGUAUGGGAAGUACGAGUUUGAGAAGGAGAAGAACUCCAACGCUGCGUUUGCUCAGUUCGUUGAGGCAACUGAACGGCUACCAGAGUCAAGAAAGCUGGAACUCAAUGCCUAUCUGACGAAGCCGACGACGCGCCUGGCGAGAUAUCCUCUCCUGCUUGAGGCCGUUCUUAAACACACGCCCAAUGAUAGCACAGAUAAGACGAUGCUUCCGCAGGUCAUCAGCAUUGUCCGAGAUUUCUUGGGCAAGGUCAAUACAGAGUCUGGGAAGACCGAGAACAGAUUCAACUUGCUGCAACUUGAUCAGCAAUUGGUGUUUAAACCUGGAGAGGAAGUGGACCUCCGCUUAACCGACGAAGGACGAGAGCUGGUGUACAAAGGUGCUCUCAACAAGCGCGAUGGAGAGAUUCAAGUGUAUCUCUUCGACCACGCGAUUCUGUUCACGAAGCUGGUGAAAACGAAGCAACAUGAACAGUACAAAGUCUAUCGACGAGCAAUCCCACUCGAGCUCCUCCUAAUCACCGGCCCUCCUGAGGAGAUCAACGGCACCGUACGCUCCCAGCAACGCAAGGCCGGUGCGCCCGGAAGCGUGGUUGGGCCUGUGACGAUCAAGAGCGAUAACAAGGGGCAGCACUGGAUCAACUUCAUCCAUUUGGGACGGAAGCACUAUCAGAUGAUGCUCUGGGCGAACACGUUGAUGAGCCAGAAGAAGUGGCUCGAGGCGGUAUUGAAGCAGCAGGCGGCGAUGAGGGAACGAAGCAUGGUGUUUGACACUGUGACGCUCAGCGAGGGGUUCUUUGCGGGCCCGAAUAAGGUUCGGUGUGCGGCACCGUAUAGUGGCGGGAGGAGAGUGGUGUAUGGGACGGAUGAUGGAGUUUAUCUGUCUGACCUACGAGAGCCUCGGCAGGAACCUGUCAAGGUUCUAGCUCUUCUCGAAGUGCUGCAGGUAGAUGUUCUCGAGGACUACCAGCUUCUCAUCGUGCUUUCUGGGCGUCAAGUGAUUACCUUCCCGCUCGACGCGCUUGACCCUCUGGAUCCCAUGGCGGGCCUCAAGCGGGCGAAACGGAUAUCUUCGCAUACGUCGUUCUUCAAGGCCGGUUUCUGCCUAGGCCGUGUGCUCGUCUGCAUCGUCAAGUCCAGCCAGCUGUCGAGCACGUUUAAGACGCUGGAGCCAAUCGACCAGAACAUCCGUGGGCGGGCGAAACCGACGUUCAAGAAGCUGCUGCAGGGUGGAAACGACACGCUCAAAAUGUUCAGAGAAUUCUACAUCCCAGUCGAGUCAACGUCUAUCCACUACCUGAAGACGAAGCUGUGUGUAGGGUGUUCUCGAGGGUUUGAGAUCGUCGACCUGGAGACUCUAGAUACGCAGGGCCUGCUCGAUCCCAAUGAUGAGUCGCUUGAGUUCGUGAGAAAGCGGGAGAAUCUUCGCCCAAUGGCCAUUUAUCGGAUCCAUAACGAAUUCCUUCUUUGCUACGAUGGGUUCGCGUUUUACGUUAACAAGAACGGGCGGAGGUCGAGGACCCAGUUUAUGGUGCAUUGGGAAGGCAACCCGACGGGUUUCGGGCUGCAUGAGCCAUACGUGCUAGCCUUCGAGCCGUCGUUUGUGGAGAUUCGGCAUAUCGAAACGGGGCUAAUGUCGCAGGUCAUCCAAGGCUCGAAUAUGCAGCUGCUGUUUGCCGACACUCCACCGUCGGUGACGAAUUCCGCGACGCCGCAUUAUCCGAACGCGUACCAGCAGGGAUACCCCUAUGGGCACCCGCCGACGCACGACCAUUACCAGCGGCACCCGCAGGGGGUGGGACGGGACGAGAUCCUGAUUGUUUCCGACGAUCGGGUGCUUGCGCUGCGACCGCGGGCAGGACUGCUGGUUCAUCAUGGGCAACAGAGAUACAUGGCAGACAACGCAUCGAUGGCGUCGAUACCCCGAUAGC